AAAAAAAAAAUUGUCAGUUAUGACUUAUGAGUUAUGUAGUAACUAUUUAUACAAGUCCAAACAAAAACAAUAAAUAGAAAAACAUAAUUUUUAUUGAACAAUAGAUGGAGUCUAUUAAUCUAUAAAUAGAGUAUUUAAUGUGUGUUAAGUGACUUAAUAAUCAACGUUUUGUUUUGGGAUUUCCAUUUUCUUCGUCAAUAUUAAACAUGGCAGAUUCAACAGAAUAUUCAUCGUUAUUUGCACUCGUGGACAGCCAUUUGUCCAAAACGAGCAUUAGUUCUGAUAAAUCUCCUAAAAAUACAUUCAUUCUUCCAUCACUUGGAAAUGUUCCGAACUGUAGUACAUCAGAAGGACAGAUUAAGACUCCUUUAGCACCAAGAUUUCCUACAUCACCUUUUACUGUUGGAGUAAGUGAAAGUCCCAUAAAAAAUAUUUUGGCUCAACAGGUAGCAAAUAUGCUAAAAACUAAAGAGCGAAAACAACAAGAAGAUAGAGAUCAAAAACUAGUUAAAGACAUGCAACAAUUCAACCUCAUAGACAAUAGUGAUUAUGUUAUUGAUUUGAUGAAAGCAGUAAAAACUCCUUAUAAGUUUGAAAGGCAAGAAGUAAAAGAUGAGGAAGUGCUUAGUAGUAGUAGUUCCUUUGAAUCACUUUUUGAACUGAAAUUGACUGAUAGUGUUGAAGAUACAAAAAUUUCAGACAUAUCUGAGGCCCCUUUGCCUUGUACAUCUGAUAUUUCAUAUAUAUUAAGUAAAAAAGUUUGUGAAGGCCAACCUUCAACAUUUGGAAAAAUUUUGACAUCACGAUUAAGGCCUGUAGCAGCUCCAUAUUUACAUGAAAAUAUUAAUUGCAGUAUUAAGGUAUUUGAUUUCUCAACUCCUUCACCUUGUGACAUACAUAAACAAAGAUUACGAAAGCCUACUAUGUCAAGUACCUACACAUCCAUCAUUGAAUUAUAGAUAUUCAAACAUUAAACUCCUCAUACUCCUACUUUUAUAUUUUACCCAUUUUGGUGUGUUUCAUUUAGAUGUUCUUAGGUUUAAAAUCUGAAAAGAUUUUUCUUCUACACAUGUUGUGUAUAUGCGAAGUCUUGUCACAAAAUCAUAGUUUUAGCCUUUAGGACUGAGGUUUACAAGAGUUAAAUAUCAGACCAACAUCAGUUUUUAGGAAUAAACAUAUUAAUAUCCUUCUAUACACUACUGAACAACUACAAGUUUUAUUUAGUUAUUAGGUUUUUAUAACUUGUUUUUUUAUUAUUUAAUUAGUUAUGGCUUAUACAAUUUAUUAUAAAUUUUGUAUUAUCAUUGAUAUGUACAUAAUAGUAUGGAUUAAAAUAAACAAUGAAAUUAUGACUGAAUUUGAUUUUAAUUUGACAAUAUACUUUAUCUUGUUUGUUAAGGAAACAU